AUGGCUAACGUUUCCCUUCGCGCACCCAAACAGGCGCAAGUCAUUGCGAACUCCGGCCACGAUGAUAUGAUUCACGAUGCGGUCCUUGAUUACUACGGACGACGACUGGCGACCUGUUCCAGCGACAAGACUAUCAAGAUCUUUGAGAUCGAUGGCGACCAGCACCGGUUAACAGAGACGUUGAAAGGUCACGAAGGCGCCGUGUGGUGCGUCUCCUGGGCACAUCCCAAGUUCGGCACCUUGCUGGCCUCGUCCUCCUACGAUGGCCGCGUGCACAUCUACCGUGAGACGCCGUCGCAACAACAGACGCAACCGGGCCAGCAGUCGCAGUCCUCGUGGACCCUGGUCUUCACGAGCACAUUCCACACCGCCUCGGUCAACAUGGUGUCCUGGGCCCCGCCCGACCUGGGCUGUCUGCUGGCGUGCGCGUCGUCGGACGGCAAGGUCUCGGUGCUCGAGUUCCGCGACAACCAGUGGGGCCACAUCAUUUUCCCGGCACACCAGAUGGGCGUGAACGCCGUGAGCUGGGCGCCGUCGGCUCCUCCGGGCGCCAUCACGCGAAAAGACCCCGGCACGGGCACCGCGGGCAGUGGACUCGUGAAGCGGUUCGUCACGGGCGGUAGCGAUAACAACGUCAAGCUGUGGGAGUUCAACCCGCAGAGCGGCACGUACGAUAACGUGCUGGUCCUGCCGAGCGGCCACACCGACUGGGUGCGCGACGUGGCCUGGUCGCCCACGCUGCUCAGCAAGUCGUACAUCGCCAGCGCGAGCCAGGACAAGACGGUCAAGAUCUGGACCUGCACCAACAUGGGCUCCGGCGCCGGGAACGUCGGGGAUUGGACGCUAGCCAAGACGCUCGAGUUCGACGCCGUGACCUGGCGCGUGAGCUGGAGUCUGAGCGGGAACGUGCUCGCCGUCUCUGGGGGGGACAACAAGGUCACCCUGUGGAAGGAGGAUUUGAAAGGAAACUGGGAGAUGGUCAGGGAGGUCACCGAGUAG